AUGUUAGUUAUAGUUUUAGUUGGAGUCUUAAUUGCAUCUGCCAACUCGGCUUCGUACAAAACGCCGGCUGCACAGUAUGCAAACGCAAAAGCUGCAGGUCCUGUUUUUUGGCCUCGCUACUUGAAUCCAGAAACAGGUCGAGAUCCAUGGAUAUUACGAUCUCGUUACUUAGCAGCUGCAACUCCAUACGCUGCACCAGCACCUUAUCCCACACCCCUUGCAGGUCCAAGUCUAGCAUCUUACGGAGCCCCAGUAUCUCCUCCAUCACUUUAUACAUCACCUGCUCCUACACCUGCUCCCGCGCCCUAUGGCAGCUCUGGUGCAGCAUCUUACGGAGUUGCAGGACCAGCCCCAGCACCUUACGCUGACCCAAAUGUGGCACCUAGCUCACCACUCUAUGCAGCACCAGUACCUGCUCCAUCGUCCUACGGCAGCCCUAGUCCAGCAACUUCUGGAUCCUCAGCACCCUGCGAUGUCCCUAGUACAACAUCUUACGGAGACUCAACAUCUGCCUCAGCACCUAGUCCAGCUACCGCCCUUACUCUCUUAGUAGUACCGGCACCUGACCCAGCACCCUAUGGAGGACCAAAUCCAUCACCUGCCCCUUCACCCUACGCAGUACCGGCACCAGCUCCAUCAGCAUAUACCGGCCCUAGUCCAGGUCCUUAUGGAGGCCCAGCACCUGGCCCAUCACUCUACGCAGCACCGGUACCAGCUCCAUCAGCUUAUGACGGCCCUAGUCCAGGUCCUUAUGGUGACCCAGCACCUGGCCCAUCACCCUACGCAGCACCGGCACCUGCUCCAUCAGCUUAUGGCGGUCCUAACCCAAGUCCUUAUGGAGACCCAGCACCGGCACCUUCUCCAUCAGCUUAUGGCGGCCCUAGUCCAGGUCCUUAUAGAGGCCCAGCACCUGAUCCAUCACCCUACGCAGCACCGGUACCAGCUCCAUCAGCUUAUGACGGCCCUAGUCCAGGUCCUUAUGGUGACCCAGCACCUGGUCCAUCACCCUACGCAGCACCGGCAUCUGCUCCAUCAGCCUAUGGCAGUCCUAGUCCAGCUCCAUACGGAGCCCCAGCACCCUGUGGCGGCCCUAGUGCAACAUCUUACGGAGAGCCAACGUCUGUCUCAGCACUUAACGCCGGGCCUAGUCCAACUACUGCCCUUACUCUCUUAAUAGCAAAGGCACCUGACACAGCACCAUACGAUGGACCAAGUCCAUCACCUUCCCCAUCACCAUACGCAGCACCGGCACCUGCUCCAUCAGCUUAUGGUGACCCUAGUCCAGGUCCUUAUGGAGGCCCAAAACCUGGUCCAUCACCCUACGCAGGACCGGCACCUGCUCCAUCAGCUUAUGCCGAUUCUAGUCCAGGUCCUUAUGACGGCCCAGGACCUGAUCCAUCACCCUACGCAGCACCGGCAUCUGCUCCAUCAGCCUAUGACAGCCCUAGUCCGACUCCAUACGGAGCCCCAGCACCCUGCGGCGGCCCUAGUGCAACAUCUUACGGAGAGCCAACGUCUGUCUCAGCACUUAACGCCGGGCCUAGUCCAACUACUGCCCUUACUCUCUUAAUAGCAAAGGCACCUGACACAGCACCAUACGAUGGACCAAGUCCAUCACCUUCCCCAUCACCAUACGCAGCACCGGCACCUGCUCCAUCAGCUUAUGGUGACCCUAGUCCAGGUCCUUAUGGAGGCCCAAAACCUGGUCCAUCACCCUACGCAGGACCGGCACCUGCUCCAUCAGCUUAUGCCGAUUCUAGUCCAGGUCCUUAUGACGGCCCAGGACCUGAUCCAUCACCCUACGCAGCACCGGCAUCUGCUCCAUCAGCCUAUGACAGCCCUAGUCCGACUCCAUACGGAGCCCCAGCACCCUGCGGCGGCCCUAGUGCAACAUCUUACGGAGAGCCAACGUCUGUCUCAGCACUUAACGCCGGGCCUAGUCCAUCUACUGCCCUUACUCUCUUAAUAGCACAGGCACCUGACACAGCACCAUAUGAUGGACCAAGUCCAUCACCUGCCCCAUCAGCCUACGCAGCACCGGCCCCUGCUCCAUCAGCUUAUGGUGGCCCUAGUCCAGGUCCUUAUGGAGGCGCAAAACCUGGUCCAUCACCCUACGCAGCACCGGCAACAACUCCAUCAGCUCAUGGCGGCCCAGUACCUGGUCCAUCACCCUGCGCAGGACCGGCACCUGCUCCAUCAGCUUAUACCGUUCCUAGUCCAGGUCCUUAUGACAGCCCAGCACCUGCUCCUUCACCCUACGCAGCACCGGCACCUGCUCCAUCAGCUUAUGGCGGCCCUAAUCCAAGUCCGUAUGGAGGUCCAGCACCGGAACCUUCUCCAUCACCUUAUGCUGGUCCUAGUCCAGUUCCUUAUGACGGCCCAGCACCUGAUCCAUCACCCUACGAGGUACCGGCACCUGUUCCAUCCGCUUAUGGCGGCCCUAAUCCAGGUCCUUAUGGAGGUCCAGGACCGGCACCAGCUCCAUCAGCUUAUGGUAGCCCUAGUCCAGGUCCGUACGGAGCCCCAGCACCUGGCCCACCAGACUACGCAGCUCCGGCGCCAGCUCAAUCAGCUUAUGGCGGCCCUAAUCCAGGUCCUUAUGGAGGCCCAUCACCGGCACCAGCUCCAUCAGCUUAUGGUGGCCCUAGUCCAGGUGCGUACGGAGCCCCAGCACCUGGCCCACCAGACUACGCAGCUCCGGCGUCUGCACAAUCAGCUUAUGGCGGCCAUAGUCCAGGUCCUUAUGGAGGCACAGCACCAGGUCUAUCACCCUACGCAGCACCGGGACCAGCUCCAUCAGCUUAUGGUGGCCCUAAUCCAGGCCCUUAUGGAGCCCCAGCACCGGCUCCACCUCCAUCAGCUUAUGGCGGCCCUAGUCCAGGUACUUACGGAGCCCCAGCACCUGGUCCACCAGACUACGCAGCACCGGCACCUGCUCCAUCAGCUUAUGGCGGCGCUAGUCCAGGUACUUACGGAGCCCCGGCACCUGCUCCAUCAGCUUAUGCCGGCGCUAAUCCUGGUCCUUAUGGAGGCCCAGCACCUGGUCCAGGAUUUUGUCCAGCAGCAGCAUCAGCGCCAGGCCCCUAUGUAAGUCCAACUCCACCACCAUAUGCUGCACCGGCACCGGCACCUUUACCUAUUCCUUCAAACGAUGUCAUCUCUUAUCUAAAAUAAAAAUGAAAUUGUAAAUCCUCAA